AUGUCUGCUACUGUUGCUCACAAUCCACCUGCAUAUGGUUUACAAAUACCCGCUGCAUAUUCAAGAUUAUCAGUGGCUGAUAAAGUUAUUCUUGUGACAUGGGCUACAUCGGGCAUUGAUCCUGCUACAGCCAAACUAUUAGCAACUCAUGGUACAAAAGUUGUCCUAGCUGGACGUCGUGCUGAAAAUGGUGAUAAAUUAGUCAAAGAGAUAACUAAUAAUAGCGGUGAUACAAUGUUUAUCAAGACAGAUGUAUCAAAGAAGAUGAAGUAA